AUGUUCACAAUGGAGCAUCCUGCCUACUUGAAGACUGGUCUUCCAGGCUUCCUUACACAGCAUGCUGUUGAGAUCCACGUCACAAAGCACCACCAGGCUUACAUUGACACCGCUAACAAGCUCAUCGUCGGCUCCGGCCUCGAGGGCAAGUCCAUCGAAGAGGUCAUUCAGAAGGCUCAGGGCCCACUCUUCAACAACGUUGCUCAGCACUUCAACCACUCCUUCUUCUGGAAGUGCCUUUCUGCUGACAAGGUUGCCGUUCCAGCUAAGGUUGCUGAUGCCCUUACAAAGGAAUUCGGCUCUGUCGAGAAGUUCGAAGAAACAUUCACAGCCAAGGCUUCCACAGUCUUCGGCUCCGGCUGGUGCUACCUCUACAAGAACAAGGAGGGCAAACUCGAAAUCGGCCAGUACUCUAACGCUGCUAACCCAGUCAAGGAUGGAUUCAAGCCAGUCCUUACAGUCGAUACAUGGGAGCAUGCUUGGUACAUCGACUACGAGAACCGCAAGGCUGAAUACUUCAAGAACUUCUGGGCCCACGUCAACUGGGAAUUUGUUGCUUCUAACCUCUAA